CACCGGUCGCCGCGGUCUCGCCACUCGCAGCGGCACCGAACACGCUCAGUCAUUCGCGACGGUUCCAACGGAUAGCAGCUUCCAGCUUCGAACGUGAGCAGCAGCAGCAGCAGUUAAAGGGACCCCCGAACGAGCUCAGCCGCAUCCCCUUUGGAGAACCGGUUUCUGUACCGCUUGUGAAGCUUUCGGAACGAUCAAGCGUGAUUCGGUUGAUCCCGCGUGUGCGUUUGUGUGUGCAUUUGUGUUAAACUACGGAUCAAACCAACCUUCCCGGGAAGAUGUUGAGACAAAGCUUGGCGCUGUUGAGCAUCUUUACUGUCGCAUGCUACGGACAGACGAAAGUGCCCGUCUACGUGUACUACGAGUCACUCUGCCCGGACAGUGCCAAGUUCGUGAACGAACAGUUGUACCCGGUGGCGAAGGCGUUCAAGGCGAACCUCGAGCUACACCUGGUACCGUUCGGAAAGUCGUCGUAUGAGACGCAGGGCUCGGAUGUGAUUUUCAAGUGCCAUCACGGCGAGAACGAAUGCUAUGGCAACAAGGUGCACGCCUGCGCCAUCCAGCACAUCCAGGGUAACUCGUUCCAGCCGAACAUCUCGCGCGAAGAUCUUACCCUCGAAUACGUCAACUGUCUGAUGGCCCGGGCCCAGCUGAAGGACGGUCAGUUCCCCACUAAAAUCUGUGCCGACGAAGUCAAGAUCGAGCAGUGGCAGACGAUCCAGGAGUGCGCCAACAGCACCGAAGGCAGCACACUGUUGAAGCAGCAUGGUGACGCGACCUACAAGAUUCAAAGACCCCUGGGCAGCGUACCGACCAUUGCUUUCAAACAGACCUACGACGGUGAGUUGCAGAAACUGUCGCUGAAUAGCUUCCGUCAGGCGCUUUGCAAAAACCUGAGUCCCCAGCCGAUUCAGUGUCUAGAUAGUCCUGGAUCUGCCUCGGCCAUCAGCAGCUCGAUCGGUGCGAUCGUCAGCGUGGUUGCCGUACUCGCGGCACGAAUGUUCUAGGUUUCCUUAGGUAGGCUGUGCAGGCCUAUAGGUACCACCGCAACAUCAACUUAAAGCACGCUCCAGCAGCUGGCAGCACACACCCAAACACACAAACAGAAUAAGCGAUCUCGAGUGUUUUACUGAAUCUCGCUUUCUAGGUCCUUCCGUCCGAAAGAUGUUUUAUUAGCUGUUUCAAUGAAGAUGUUUUAAUAAAGCGAAUCGUGGCGCUAA